AUGGUCACAAGAACAAAGAAAAUAUUUGUAGGUGGAUUAUCGGCUAACACAGUAGUGGAAGACGUAAAGCAAUACUUCGAACAGUUUGGCAAGGUAGAGGAUGCCAUGCUAAUGUUCGACAAGACGACCAACAGGCAUAGAGGAUUUGGCUUCGUAACUUUUGAAAACGAAGACGUGGUGGAAAAAGUCUGUGAAAUUCACUUCCACGAAAUCAAUAAUAAAAUGGUAGAAUGUAAGAAAGCACAACCUAAAGAAGUGAUGUUUCCACCAGGGACGAGAGGAAGGGCACGUGGAUUGCCGUAUCCCAUGGACGCUUUUAUGCUAGGGAUGGGAAUGUUGGGUUACCCGAAUUUUGUUGCAACGUAUGGCCGAGGAUACCCUGGAUUUGCCCCAAGUUACAGCUAUCAGUUCCCAGGUUUUCCGGCAGCGGCUUAUGGACCAGUAGCAGCGGCGGCCGUGGCAGCAGCAAGAGGAUCAGUCUUGAAUAGCUACAGUGCUCAACCGAAUUUUGGCGCACCCGCUUCCCCGGCAGGCUCCAACCCAGCGCGGCCCGGAGGCUUCCCCGGGG